AAGAGAAAGUAGAGAUUUCACCGAUACGUCACAUUACAAAGAAUGGGGAAAGAUAUGCAGAUGUGUCUCAGAUUUGGUCAGGAAAGGACUUAAAAGCGAUCUUUGAGAAGCAGUUUAGAAUUUGUAAGCACCCAUCCUAGCUGUCAGUGGUAGUAAACCGAGAAAAAGAACGAAGAGGACGGCAGGUUGCCGCUCAACUUGUGGAGGGUGGUGAAUAACAGAAAUCACUUCCACAAUGGAGAAGACACUCCUAGUUGUCAAAAACCUGCCUCAAUGCUCGGAAGACACCAUGACCAACUACCUCGAGAUCAUCUGCGACAAUGGAGUGGAAGACAUUCACUUCUAUGAUGAUAGGGUAAAACACAUCGCCUUGGUUACCAUGGAGAAUGAGAUUGAAGAUUUCAGCAGCUGUCAGAAAAAGACCAAGAAACGUCGUAUUGAAGGGCAGCAAGUGACACUGGUGGAAGUGUCUCCACCUGAUGGCAUCAUCGUUAAGGGACUACCCCCAGGGAUCACAGAGGACACCCUCAGGUUCUACUUCGAAACCCCCAAGGCGGGUGGGGCUGAUGAGGCAGUCACUGACAGUGUCAUCUUGAAGAACCUAAAAGUAGCAACCGUCUUGUUUAAUGACACAAAUGUUGUACAAAGUGUACUUAACAAGGACUCACACAAGCCACAGAAGAACAGCCCAGCGGUUGAGAUCACACCCUACUACCGGGCAUUCCAUGAAGAUGUGCUGGAGUACCUCAACAAUCUGCAGCCAUCUUCAGCCUCAUCUUCAUCAUCAGGAUACACAACGCCAGAAACUGGGAGCCCCUUGACCACACGUCGCACUGAAGAAACCUGGAGUUCUCUGACUGCUCCCAAAACUGAAGAUACUGGGCGUCCUAUGACUACACCUCGCACUGAAGAAACCUGGAGCUCUCUGAUUUCAGCUAAAACCUCUUCAAAUCCUGUGAAGUCACAGGAUAAAGGCUGGACUUCACCUGAUGCUAAUGGUCAGUGGAUGAGUGUAUUUGCUUCUUCACCCACCGAUUCCACAUCUGCUAUGGAGAGUUUGUCGAGCAUGACUUCAUUGACUGGUGCUCCAUAUCAAAGUGAACCUACAUUGGAAGCAUCACAUCCUCAGGAGGAACGAUCUCAGAACCAAGUCAUAGAGGUUACACAGGUUUCUGAGCUUGUUAAGUGUCAUGAAGCACUUCUCAGCAGUGCUGCUCCUCCAGACAAGCCCCUGGACCAAAUUCCAGAGUUUAUGUCAAUUGUUCCUGAGCUUGCUAAAUGUCAUGAAGCACUUCUCUCCAGUUCUGCUCCUCCAAACAAGCCCCCCAAACCAAAGCCCAAACCAAAACCAAAACCCAGACCAAAACCCCAACCAGCUGAUGUUCCAGAGGAAACCAUUGGUAAAACAUCUGUUACUAACUUUAAUGAGGCCCAUGUAAAGCUCUUAGAAGCCUCAGGAUUAGAAAAUGAGUUUCCCAAAUGUAGGUUGACCUUUAAGAAUGGCUCCAUCAACAUUGAAGGCCCUGAAUACAUACUACAAGAAGUGACACUGAAGCUUUAUGAGAAGAACCACAGCAUCUCUGCUUCUACUCAUGAAGUUUCCCCGGUGAUUGCUGAGAUCUUGAUGUCCGAAAAUGGCAAAAGCUACCUAGAGAAUGAACUGAAUGUGUGUGGGACUUCCCAGUGCUAUGUCAAAGGUACCACCAUGCACUGUGUGUCUUUUUCCGAGUCGGAAACCUGCACGAUGAUAAAGGACUUGAAGAAGCUGAUUUGUCAGGAAAACGUGCACUUUGAUCAAUCCCACGUGCACUACUUGAAGAGUCCAGAAUGGAAAGCAACGCGUGACCGAUUUGAGAAAGAGAUGAAGGUGAAGGUGACCCACAAUGCUGGUGGGAGCAAGCUGACCAUUGAUGGACUCAACGGAGAUGUGAAGCUGGUGAAGGGGGAGCUGCUGGGGGAGCUGAAGCGACAUUCCCACACUUCCAAGCAAUUCGAGAUCAAAGGGGCCAAGGCUAAGUGUAUGAAGAGCUUCUUCCACAACAAUAUAGCAGAGAUCAAGAAGAAGUUCAGCUCCCAGGGAGGAAGAAUGGAUGAAACAGGCAGUAUGUCCAGCCUCCACCUUAAACUGGAGGGAUCACCGAAGGAUGUGGAUGACAAGAUGAGAAUGCUGAAGCAGCUGGAGGACAAAGUGUGGCAUGAACGUCUACAUCUGGGCAAGGAGGUGGCCAAAGAGAAAGACUUGAACCUGCUCAUCCGAGGUAUACAGAGAAGUGACCCGAAGGCCAUGGUGGCCUCCUUCGAGGCUAAGCAUCCAUGUUUCCUGGAGCUGUAUCUUCCUGCAAUGAAAUCUACACCAGCAUCUACAACAGCCAGUAGCGGAUACGAGAAGCUAAGUCGAAGUCAUUCACUAGAGAAGCUGAAUAGUUCUGACAGCCAGACGGAGACAAUACGCAUCUUUGAAGAUCACCGUCCAUCUCGUCACUUUGAGCGUCCGAUUGCCCGACCAGCACCACAGUUGACCUCUAUCAAAGUUGGAAGUAUAACAGUUUCUGUCCACAAGGGUGAUGUGACCAACGAGAAGUGCGAUGUCCUAGUGAAUGUGGUGUCAAAACUUCUCAAACUGGGAGAAACAGCGGUAUCAUCUGCUUUCAUGAAGUCUGGAGGUGCAGAGUUUAUUCAGCAAUUUGACAUGACGAAGAUGAGUUAUGCUCCUGGCAAUAUCAUCCAGACACCAGCAUGUGGGAACCUGUCUGCCAAGAAAGUUUUCACCAUUGUUCUGGACAAGUUGGAAUCCUCCUAAAUCCAAAACUGACCUCAAAGCUCUGAUUGAUGUGUGUCUGAAGACGGCUAAUGCUGCUUCGUUCACCUCCAUCGCAUUUACUGCACUGGGUUCUGGGAGGCUGCUCCAUUUCCCAGAGAAGUUUGUGGCAUCGGCCAUUGUGU